GCGAAUGACUGUGGUUAUCGCGAGAUUGCGCGUUCAUUGAUGAUAACGAAUCGUACACGCAUUAAGAGGGACAAAGGAAAGUUGAUAGUAGCGAAUGUACUAUCUUUGAAAAGAGAGACGUCAAGAUCAGCUGACCUUCCAACCUCUGCAGAUCGCAGCGAGAAUGAUAAAACUCUCGAAGAACCAACCAACAUCGCAGUACGUUUACUGCACUUCGCGACCUGCAUUUCCUUUUACGUCACGUUCUUGUGUACGAUCGACUCGAGUGACUCUGUAAUAACGAUAUCUGCGGAUUUUCCACUCACCGAGAAAGUUUCUCGAAAUUUUAUUUUAACGUUACGGUUUCACGUAACUUAUUUAGCAAAUUAUACAACGUAUCUUACUUACAUAAUUCACUUAAAAAUUUCUUAAAUUAUCUAAAAUGUGAAACCCAGAUGCAUCUAUACUAUCUAUGCUAUGGGAAGAAUAAAUAUCACGAGGAUUUAACGUCGCGCUGUUGUGGGAUGUGCAUGCUCGAAUAUUUCACGAGGGAAAAGGGAUCUCGAUUGUCUGGUGGGUUUGAGGACAAUGCAAGCAGGUGCCCGCAAUCAUUCUAAUCUUAGCGACUAAUCCUCGGACCGGCUACCUGCGCAGGUAGAUUUCUGGAAAAAUCAGGCAUGUAUAAAUAUAUCGGCGUGGAUGAGAAAACUUCGGUGCAAACGAGAAUCUUAAAUAAUGAUCUGUCGCUUCGAGAAUUCCCGAGAAAUUUAAAAUCGGACGCGAAAACAAAGAAGAUCUUUCGCUUUUGCAAUUUACCGCAUGAGAUAUCUGCAGAAACCGAAGGUAAACUCGACGGCAACUUGACAUUAGGCGGCAUCCUGAUCUUCAUCCGUCACGGCGACAGAGGUCCUUUGACGCACAUACGCAACAUAAGCAGCAUAAAUUGCGGCGGCGAGAUUGGCGCCGGAAAUGGCGUAACCGAACUGGAAACGAUUUACGAGAAUUAUGUAAAUUUCGUGCAAAAUGUGUCGAGUUACUCGAAGACCGCCUGGGCCCAGUUCCUGGGCCCGUUUCACGGGCUACCCGUGCUACCGGCGAACGCGCGCGACUGCAAGAUCGGUCAGCUGACCACCCUCGGCAUUCUGCAGCUGCUGAAGACCGGGAUCCUCUUGAGAAACGCGUACUACCACAGGCUCAAUCUCGGCAACGGCACCACCUUCGGCAGGGACGUCAUCGUUUACAGCACAUCCUACCGUAGGACCGUGCAGAGUGCCGUCGCGUUGCUCUACGCGCUCUUCGAGAACGACGGUUUCCAGAGCCUGGCGAGGAUCAGUCUUCAGGAGAGCCAGAGCUAUGCGUUCUGCAACAACGAAUGCGCUUGUCCCGCGGCUGAGAAAUUUCUGAAGCAGCAUUUAAAGGAGACCUCCAACCAUCUGAGAUCUCAUCCGGCCGUUGGUGAGCUGAUCAAACAGGCGGCGAGUGCCGUGUUCGAGCUUCCGGAUCAAGCGCAGACGUGCGACCCGAAUACCCUGAGGGACGCUUUAUUAACGUACGUGUGCCACGGCGCCUCCCUGCCGUGCGCCGACCUUGCGGAGGACGCGUUAAGAGCGACCACGCAGAGGACGUGCGUGAAGAGCGAUCACGUCACAGGGCUGUUCGCCUACACGGAUUGGGAGUCCAAGCAGGUGGCCAAGAGCAGCAGCCGCAACAAGUAUGGGUUGCUCAAGGCGUACGGGAUGCUGCGCGGCAUCGUCACCUUCAUGCUCCGCAUCAUCUCCGAGGCCAGGCCCAAGAUCGUCCUCUACUCCGGCCACGACAAGACCCUGGAGUACCUCGCCACCGCUCUUGGCGUGGUCUCGGACGUGGCGACGCAUUACGCUUCGAGGCUCGUCAUCGAGAUCUACAAGAUCAAUCCGCGGAAUGAUAAUCGCCUCGCCAGCGACUUUUACUUCCGCGUUGUCGCCAACGGUCGGGAUCUCACGACGAAGAUCCCGUUCUGUCGAAACGCCAAUACCUAUGUCAGCGAUGAUGGAGAACAAGGGCCAGGCAAGAAGGGCGUCGUCAAGUUGUGCCCGAUAGAGAACAUCGUCCGACAACUGCACGACGAUUAUUUCGUGCCGUUCAACGCGACGAACUUUAAGGAUGCUUGUUCGAGUCACAAGAUUCGCUAAAAUUAAUUAUGGUCGCUCAAGAAGAUUCUCUAUAAAGUAAACGAGUUAAAAGGAAUUGAGAGAGAAUCAUUUGAUAGUAAUAUCGACAAAAUUAUAGUACCUUAAGAUUUUUAACACUUUUAUAGAUUCUCCUUUUUAUCUCUCUUUAUUCUCAAUAUAAUGAGACUUUAUAGUUAUUCCAUUAGUAACUACAAAGUAUUAAAUACCAAUAUAUGAGAUAUAGAAGAAAAAUC